AUGGCGAAGCAAUCAGCAGGCUCAAAACAGCCCGGAGUUGUUGACACUACGCCUAAGAAUAAAGUUCCAUCAAGCAAACGGGCGGCUAGCGCAAUGAGUUCAAAUGAAUCUCACGUGCGAGCAACAUCCGAGACUACAGAAGCACCCACUGGUUCUAGAGCCCCAUCAUCAAGAAAAGUGAAGCGGCCUGGUGGGGAUAGGAAGGAGGCUGCAGCGAAAGCAGUUAAGCAGCAGACGCAAUCUAAAACAGUUUGCAGCAUAGACUUCGGAACGACGUACUCGGGUGUGGCCAUUGUGGGAUCUGUCAACUGUGGGAUUCGCGACAUUGAAGUUCUUCGCAACUGGAAGAAUGGCCGUUACAUUGAGCAAGUACCGUCCCGCAUAGCAUAUCCUGAAGAGAAUCCCGGUCUUGAUAAGAUCGCAUUUGGAUAUGAAGUCACUUCGACUAUGAAAUCAUAUACGUGGAUGAAGCUCCUCCUGGGAUGCGUUGAAAUGGAUGACUUUACUGAGACCAAACUUGGAAGUAAAGCAGCAAAGGGAAUGCUUGAAUUGCCACCAGGAAAAACUGCCGAAGACGUAGUAUGCGACUACUUAAAAUGCUUGUACGAGCAUAUCAUGGAUCACCUCGCCGAAGAGUCACCAGGACCAAUGCUGGAGGAGAGGCCCAUUGAAUUCUGGCUUACCACACCCGCGUGCUGGGACGACCACACCAACGCUCUCACACGGCAAUGCGCGUUAGCAGCAGGUUUCGGAAGUCGCACCAAUGACAGCCUGUGUAUGAUAAGGGAACCUGAUGCAGCUCUCGUAGCGAAUGUUUCAAGCAGUGUCGACAAGCAUGAAGGGGUCUACAAGCCUGGCAUGAGCGUAGGUGUUGUCGACAUUGGUGGAGGGACCAUUGACGCAAAGACGAUGACGCUCAUAAGUUUGAAUCCUCUAAGGACAAAAGAUGCCUGUGUUGGUACCGGAGCAAAGAUUGGAAUGACUGAUCUGGAGUUUAAGCUACACGAUCGCUGUGAUGCGCUAUUCGGUAAUGCUUUCAGCGAUCUUCCCACCGAAGUCAUUGGUCCCUCCUCCGAGUUCGCUGAGGAAUUUGAGGUGAUUAAAAGGAAUUUCGACGGAGGGGACGAUGACAAGGAGCACUGGCUCAGGCUUCUGCCAUUGAAGAGAGCGCUAGAAGCUACAAAUACAACAUCUAACAACAGGGAGGUCCGCGACAUAUUCGAACCCGUCGUUCAAGAGGCAUUGAACCAGCUCAACAACCAGAUUACUUGCCUCAAGAAAGCCGGUCGAAAGCCAAUGUCAAUAGUCGUCCUAGCUGGGGGCGGUGGAACCUCUAGGUAUGUGAUCCACAGAUUCCAAGAGUACUGCGCCACAGCACUCGGUGGCACGGUUACUGUCCGCCGUGAUGGACGUGCAUGGAGCGCCGUAGUUCGCGGAGCGGCAGUCAAGGGCUUAGAAGGAGGUGUGAUUGUCAGCCAAGAGUCACCAAGAGCCUACGGCUUCGUCUGCCAUAAACAGUUCGAUGGAUCCAUUGACAACGAGGAGGACAGCUUUCAAUGUCCAAUAUAUGGAAAGCGAGCCAGCAAUCGUAUGGAUUGGAUACUACAUCAGGGAGCUACGAUUGUGGCAGACAUGAAAGUCACAAAGGAUGUUUACAUAUCUCCAAAAGACAUGGGAGACCUCUCGCAAUACUGGGACUUCUUCGAAUGCGAGGAAGAGGUUGCUCCUGAACGGCUUGAUGACGACGCCGUGAAGAGAAUUGGGCGAAUCAGGGUUGACCUGAACAGCAACCAAGACGCGCAGAGAAAGAAACGAAAGAGGUCCUCGACGAACGACAAGCUAGAGGCGAUCAGGAUCAAACUUGAGCUUACGCUCGGCUCUGCAGCUGGGGUCUUGGAGGUUCGCGCUUUGCAUGGCCGGCCCGGGGUCGAAGUAGGCAAAGCCAAGAUAGAAUAUGCGAGGGAGAAGGGGAGAAUGACACGUGGUAGCCGCUGA